CAUUGGGAACAGUGCUUAUAUCUUCUCGGUCGAGAGGGAAGUCAGGAACACACGAAUACUUUGAGUUGACGUAGAUUAAUGAAUAAUGAAUUGCCGCGGUCUGAUCUGACACGUUACGCAACACUCAAAUCUGAUGUCAAUGGUUCAAUUAAAAUUUAAAAAUCAUUCACAGCUGGAGAACUAUUUUCCAUGACCGAUAUUGACUUCGAGGCUCAGGUUUAUUCGGUGCACGACAUCAUGAACUGCGAGGUCUGUCACCUUAAAGAACUGGAAGUGGAGGAGCAUUCUGAGAUACGGGAAGUGCUGCGCUGUAUUCUACACACUAUUGUGUUUCAUAGAGCUUUAGGUCUUGUACGGCCCAAAGACAAAGAUUCAGAACUUUUUGAAAUUACAUAUGUGCAAUGUGAGGAUUCUGAACUUGAAAAGAAAAUAGAGGAGAAGAUUGACCUGUUCAUAUUUUGGGUAGAGAAACACCCAAACAAGAAAAGUCAGGUAUGUUUAUCUUUCUAUGAGGUAAAAAACAAUAAGGCAACUUGGUUCACUAACAAAACAGAACGCCUGUAUUGGGAACAAUGGUAUAUCAAUUUGAAUAUCACAAAACACCCAAAAGCACAUCGUAGAAAGUCUCAUCAUUCCGAAGUGAUCAUAGGUCCUGGAGAUUGUGUGAUGGAGGAGAAAAGUGGUCGACAAGCAGCCUUGGAAACAUCUCUUCAUGAAGUUUUGUUUCAAAUCAUAAAAUUUGUCAAUGAGAAAAGAGAUCAUAUUCCUCCUGUUCCAAAUGUUGAGGGUGUCUCAUUUCCCUAUGAAAUCACAAUCCCGAGUUCAUCAGAUUCUACAUUUGGCAUGGACAUGUUCAAGAGGAUGCUCCAGACUGGGCACCCAACAAUGCUUAGCUGAUUGUCUGAGAGCGAACCAACUCUCUUCUUCAUGGCUAGCUACUUCCUGAUGUUAAAGUGUAAACUGGUUUUCCAUUCCCUUUUAUUCUCAUGAGUGUUGAAUAGAACAACACUACAUGAGAAGAGGUUCACAAAAGUUCUGUAUAGGGGUCUCUUUCUUGAGGAAGGAAGAGCGGGGAGGAUUUUGUCUAGUGACUGCAGCAAUGGCGUCAGUUUGGAGUUGUCAUGCAUAUAUCAUAUCUGGUAGGUAAUUAGAACUUUAAACCUGUAACUGGAAAACCUUCUGUGGUCCAAAGAAAAUCUCAAUAUUUGGUAUCUGUAAUCGUCA